AAAGGCUUGUGUUUGCCUCAGAAUGAGUUUCAGGCAGUGAGGAGCCUCAGAGUCAGGCAAUAAGGAGCCUCAGAGUCAGGCAAUAAGGAGCCUCAGAGUCAGGCAAUAAAGAGCCUCAGAGUCAGGCAAUAAAGAGCCUCAGAGUCAGGCAAUAAGGAGCCUCAGAGUCAGGCAAUAAGGAGCCUCAGAGUCAGGCAAUAAGGAGCCUCAGAGUCAGGCAAUAAGGAGCCUCAGAGUCAGGCAAUAAGGAGCCUCAGAGUCAGGCAAUAAGGAGCCUCAGAGUCAGGCAAUAAGGAGCCUCAGAGUCAGGCAAUAAGGAGCCUCAGAAUGAGUUUCAGGAAGUAAGGAGCCUCAGGCAGUCGGGAGCCUCAGAAUGAGUUUCAGGCAAUGAGGAGCCUUAGGCAUUAAGGAGCCUAUGCAGGAGCCCUGCUGCCAUGUCUUCCCCGUGCUAGCCCAGGUGUACAGCACAACAUGGCCUGCUCGGUGACAGAGGCCGCUUCUCCUGCUGUGAUUCUCCUCACAUUCCCGCGCACGGCUGCUCUGCUGUCAUUUUGUCCCCAUCUCCGUUGUCUCUCACACGAGCUGUCCCUGCAGUGAGCUGUGCAGGAUGGAGGGAGGGACCGACUCUGCUUUUGCUCUCUCUUUCCCCAGUAUCCGCUCAGCAGCACCUUCCGCUGCGGGCAGAAUGGCCACGGGAUGCAGCCUUGAUGAAUUGGAAAGAAUAAUGAAGUCCUCGCUGCAUAUGGAAGAAGAUGAUUUUGUUCCAGAGCUGCCAAGAAGUAUUCACCCCCGGGAGAGACCCGACUGGGAGGAGACAAUUAGUGCAAUGGCCAGAGGAGCAGAUAUCCCAGUCCCAGGAGAAAUACAGGUUCCUGCAGAACUCCCGAUGCGUUCUUGCGGCAGCACGGCCAGCAUGAAGGUCAAGAAUGUGAAAAAAUUAUCCUUUACAAAGGGGCACUUCCCAAAGCUUGCAGAAUGUGCACAUUUCCACUAUGAAAAUGUAGACUUCGGAAACAUACAGCUGACACUCACAGAGGAGCAGAAUGAGGUGAGCAGAAACGGUUGUGAAUCUAAGGAGUUGGUGUUCCUGGUGCAGAUCGCUUGUCAGGGCCGCAGCUGGAUCAUUAAACGGAGUUAUGAAGAUUUCCGAGUGUUGGACAAGCACCUUCAUCUAUGCAUAUAUGACCGGCGUUUCUCUCAGCUCGCAGAGCUGCCCCGUUCCGACUCCGUGAAGGACAGUCCAGAGCUGGUCACACAGAUGCUAAUGGCUUACCUGUCCCGUCUUUCAGCCAUAGCCGGAAACAAGAUUAACUGUGGACCAGCCCUGACUUGGAUGGAGAUCGACAAUAAAGGGAAUCAUUUACUUGUGCAUGAAGAAUCCUCCAUCAAUGUCCCAGCUAUCGCUGCCGCCCAUGUGAUAAAGCGCUAUAAUGCGCAGGCCCCGGAUGAGCUGUCAUUUGAGGUGGGAGACAUUGUGUCGGUUAUUGAUAUGCCCCCAAAGGAACUGACCACCUGGUGGAGGGGGAAACAUGGAUUCCAGGUUGGCUUCUUUCCCAGUGAAUGUGUAGAGCUAAUCAACGAUAAAGUCCCUCAGUCAAUGACCAACUCUGUGCCAAAACCAGUCUCCCCUGCGCACGGAAUGAGGCCGGCUUCCUGGAGCUACUUCCCCCCCUAUUUGGAGAUGGAUAGUGUAAGUCAUGCGCCGGUGGGCUAUGCAGAGGUACUGAGUCACUACCAGAUAAGUUCAGUGUCUCGAAAACACGGAAAACUCAUCACAUUCCUGAGAACCUUCAUGAAGUCCCGGCCCAGCAAACAGAAGCUGAAGCAGCGAGGGAUCCUGAGGGAACGCGUUUUCGGAUGCGACCUUGGUGAACACCUUCUCAACUCUGGCCAGGAUGUCCCCCAGGUUCUCCGGAGCUGCACAGAGUUUAUAGAAAAGCAUGGCAUCGUAGAUGGGAUUUAUCGUUUGUCUGGAAUUGCUUCCAACAUCCAGAAGCUACGCCAUGAGUUUGACUCUGAGCAGAUUCCAGACCUGACAAAAGAUGUGUAUAUCCAGGACAUUCACUGCGUCGGCUCCUUGUGCAAACUUUACUUCCGUGAGCUCCCCAACCCUCUGCUGACGUACCAGCUGUACGAGAAAUUCUCCGAUGCUGUGUCUGCGGCUACUGAUGAGGAAAGACUGGUGAAAAUUCACGAUGUUAUCCAGCAACUGCCCCCACCUCAUUACAGGACACUGGAGUUCCUUAUGCGGCAUCUAUCUCGGCUUGCAACCUAUUGCUCUAUCACCAACAUGCACACCAAGAACUUGGCUAUCGUCUGGGCGCCCAACCUGCUCCGGUAUGGGACCGUUAAUUCCCGGUCUAAGCAGAUUGAAUCUGCGUGUUUUAGUGGCACCGCUGCAUUCAUGGAGGUGCGAAUUCAAUCAGUGGUGGUGGAAUUUAUCCUGAACCAUGUGGAGGUUCUCUUUAGUCCCAAGCUGAGCUCCGUUAUACGGGAAGGAGCUGGCGCUCACACUUCUUUGUCCAGACCAAAGUCUCUCUUGGUGUCUUCUCCAUCGACAAAAUUACUUAGUCUUGAAGAGGCUCAGGCUCGGACGCAGGCGCAAAUCAACUCCCCUGUUGUGGCUGAUAGCAAGUACAUUGAGGUUGGAGAGGGACCAGCAGCCCUACAGGGCAAAUUCCACACUGUAAUUGACUUCCCUUCAGAGAGGAAAAGACCACCCACCAAGGUGAAAAAGUCUCCAGUGGGCAGUUGGCGCUCUUUCUUUAAUCUGGGUAAAUCGUCGUCAUCCUCUUCAAUGUCUAAAAGAAAACUCCAGCGCAAUCCUAGCGAACCGUCUGAGAUGAAGGCCUUGGCGUUCCCAGGCGGCAGAGGUGAUACCGGGACCAUGCGUUCAGCCAAGAGUGAGGAGUCUCUCAGUUCUCUGCAUGCAGAUGGGGAGUCAAAACUAUUCCGUCCCCGGCGCCCUCGUUCCAGCAGUGACGCUUUGUCUGCUUCAUACAAUGGGGAUAUUCUGGACAGCUGUAAUAGGUAUAACUCGUAUGAUAAUCUGCCACAAGACCAGGACAGUGAUGGUGACGAAGGAUUGAUCCAUGUCCCUGCUAUGCUAACUUCUCGCUCCCAUGAGGAUGAGGAUCUCAGCCCUCCAGACAUUGGUGUAGCUAGUUUAGACUUUGACCCAAUGUCCUUCCAGUGCAGCCCACCCCAGCUAGAGUGUGACAUUCCUGAGAGCAAUACACCGCACGUAGACUUUACUACAAGCAAUAGCAAAGAAAGAUUACCAUUUGGGCUUCAAACCCCAGGUAGUGGAACUAGCUCUGAACCCAUGUCCCCAUUCCAAGAUAGAAUCACAAGUCCAUUUCUAACUCCGGAUCGCAGCCCCAGUGCAGAAAAAGCUCAGAAACCUCCCACAUUUGCAGAAAAGAUGGUACAUGCCUUUUCACCUAAAAUUGGACGCAAAGUGGUGAGGUCUCCACCAUUAACCAUCUCUGAUCCAGUCACUAUUUCAUUGCCCAGUCGGGUUUCAGAAAUGAUGGGCAGCAUGCAAGGUGCUGUUGGUGGAACUCAAUCACUUAUGUGGUUCAGGGACCACACCGCCACCAGGGAUACUGGGACAGUGCAGACUUUGGCGUCUAGACCAGCAGAUAUAGCACCUAUCAACAUUCCUAAAUCUAUAGCUGAUACAACAAUAGAUGCCCCACAAAUUUAUCACUGGAGUACAAGUGAAAUAGAAUCAGAUGAUACUGCAAGGCUGAUGUGCCAAGCAAUAUCCCAGCAAAUAAAUAACAGUGAGUUGGAGAAUGUGGAGAGUUGUAACGAGGAACUGAAUACCAGCAAUCUGUCUGGUGCAUCUCACGUGGAGGAAACAGAAUUACCAAGUUUGGAUCAUAACAAGUCAAUACCCACUGUGCCUACCCCUCCAGGAGCUUCAACAUUGGAGUCUAUGCGGGAUGCAGUUGCCGUCAGCAGUGUGUCUUUUAUUCCACCUCCGCCACCACCAAAAAAUGCUGCUCGUAUGUUGGCAUUAGCACUUGCCGAGUCUGCUCAGCAGGCAUGUACUCAGUCACAAAAAAGACCACCCUGUCACUUCGAUGAUCUUCCAUCACCUCCCCCUUCUGACGAUCAGCAAGUCCUAGAGGUAUCAUCACAUAAAAUGGCACCCCUGCCAGCACCACCAGAGACCAGCACCUCCGUAACAUCCCUGAAAAUAUCACCAGCAACUACCCCCAGCACAUCAUCUUCAUUCUCCGUCACUACUAUACAACAGAGUCCUGUGAGUGGCCAGACUCCUACAACCGGACAGUCUCCUUCCUCUAUAACUCCUCCAGGAUACAGUCCUUCAACCCAGGUUGCUGUUGCUAUCCCACCUGAUGAUGUGCAACCUACUGGUUCUACAGAAAUGAAUGCUAGCUUUACUACAGAACUGUUGACUGCUGCAGUGGCUGGCUCAUCCCCAUCUUCCUCAGAUAAACCCAGGGAUAGCCCAAGGCCUCAUCUACACCAGCGGUCUGAGUCCUUCCCCUCACACCCUACCUAUAAUGUGGCACCACCAGUCCCACCAGUAAGAACUAUGGAGAGUCGGCUGGCUACUGCUAUACACUCCAAUUACGAUACAAUUAAUGCAUCUAAUUACCAUUCCCUCUUGAGCACCAUGAUGCUUCCUUCAUCUUUGGAGGAUGCACUACCUAGACACAACUAUUCAGCUCAUAUCAAGUCUGAAAGUAUGGUGGACCAGGCUGCUAACUACAGACAUCCAUAUCCCUCCCAAGUCAAGUCAGAGGAUGCAGUGGAAAUGGCAGAUACAUAUAGACAUACAUACUCAUCUGUUAGUAAGCCUGAGAACACAGAGCCCAUAAACAACUACCGCCAUCCAUAUCCUUCUCAAGUAGAAUCUGAAACUACAAAUGAACCAUUAGAUGCAUUUCUGCAUCACAAUGCUUCAACUAUGCCCAAAUCUUACAGAGCAGAAAGUAUUCCACAGCAUAUACCUCCACAAAUAUAUGGUUCCAGGUGUGACACUUCCUCUUCAAGUUCCACACUCUACGGUACGUACGUACGCCAGGCCAAGCACUCUGCCCUCCAGCACAUCCGUGCUCGCAAUAGACCUGAUUACAUGGGGUGUAUUAGCCCAGGAGUUCGUAGUUACUCAGAGGAACCUCCCCCCUAUCCUACUAUCAGACGGGUACAAUCUCUGCAUGUACCUAUACAACCUCCACCACCUCCUAUGCGUACAGUCCCCAUAACUCGAACUGAGGUUCCACCUGAUGAUGAACCUACUUUCUGUCCUCGCCCUCUUUAUCAGUACAAAUCAUGUUCACCUUUCUCCUCUCAGUCAGAUUAUCAUGUCACUCAGCUGCAACCUUACUUUGAGAAUGGUCGAGUACAUUACCGCUACAGCCCUUACUCUGGUAGCACUACAUAUUACUCUUCUGAUGGCACCUUCUAUGAUAUGGACCCAUAUAGCACCUUGCGUUUGAGACAGCUUCAUCUCUACCCAAGCCGUGAUUUUGCUUCCUAUACCACAAGACUGCAGCCAAAGGCAGCCUAUAGGUCACAAGGCCUUCCACCAUAUCCCAGAGGUACGCUAAGGGAACACAAUUUUAUAAGUCGAGAUGUCCCUCCUGCAAUGCCACCUGAGCUUCCUCGACCUCUCCACAUUUCUUGGGAUAUGGAGGACAUGGACAGGUACAGAUUACAGUCUCUGAGGCGGGAGAACAGAGCAAGGCAGAGAGCAAAGGGACCAGUAAUGUCUCAAUAUGACAAUGUUUCAACAUCUUUAGUAGAAGAUGUAGCAGGGUUGGAUGUAAUUCAUUUGAGAAGUCGUUCUGACCCUGGAAAAACUCCUGGCCUUCUAAGUGUGGCUGAGACUAAAGAUGUUCACCAGGGGCGAGCAGAAGGUGAUGAACGCAAAGCACAUCCACCCCCUGCUUAUGGAAAUGGACAUCAGGAUAAACCAUCUCUCCCACAAAAGCAGCAGAGUAGCGGAACCAGGGGUCGAAUGCAACAUGAUUUGUCUUCUGAGCACCGGCCUCAGCCUCAUCAGGAUCCUGGAAGCAGACAAACUACAGAUGGAAGGAAUGGACCUCCAUUUUCUUCUGUGGAAUAUGGCUCCAAAGGACUGCCUAAUCUCUCAGAACCCACAUUGUAUCAUUCCACUACUAACAAGUAUAACAUACCCCAGCAGGAACCAAUGAGGCUUAACCACAAGGAAAUUAGGCUCUCUGAGGACCAUAUCAGGCCAGCAGAAAAACCCCACCGAGACUGUUACAGAGAGGAGCCCGCUGCAUUUUCCUCUGCUGUGCCUCCACCCAAACCAGAAAGGAGCCAUAGUCUCAGAGGUCACAACACAGAGACUUUAGAAAGAGACCCUGCCAUUUUUUACCCUUACCAAACUCUUCAUGGCAAACGGCACAGCUCCAUAACUGCACUACCACAGUACGAUAAUCUGGCUGAUUACCAUUCUAUACCCCAUCAUCGAUCCUCCAACCAACCUCCAAAUGCCUUUCCCCUCCCACAUGGACGGACCUAUGCCACUGCUCUUGGCCAAGGGGCCUUCCUAGCUGCUGAGUUGUCCCUGUCAAGGCCAGAGGCAAAAAUCCAUGCGGAAUAAGGAGCGGCCAGCAGAUGGAAAUGUCAUUUAAGGGGUUUUGAAAUGGGGAGGGGGGCUAGAGGAGGAAAGAGAACUUCAAUCUUAUUAUGCAGACCCCUGCUGGACAGUGGACUGUUUUAUUUUUUCAAAAGACAAAAAUAAAAUAAAAAUAUAUAUAUAAAUAAACCAAAACCUAGAUGCAACACAAAUAACUCUUACACACAUCUAGCAAUAUACAUUGACACUCCUACACCGGCAACCACUCAUUGUUAAAACUGUUUUUAUGUUGUUAUCAGUGAUGUCAUUAUACUGUACAGUUUGUCUUUCUUGGUGCCCUUCAUAAAUGUGAGAAGGAACGCAGAGAGGAAUAAAAUACUCCUAUUUAAUCCAUAUCUUGUUUUGUUGUGUAUAUACUAUAAAUAACAUGAGGAAAAUGUGAAGCUGAUGCUUAAAACUGUGGCUUAUUAUUAUCAAUAUAUAAUAUUGGCAAUGUAUAGCAGAUAUUGUGCACCUUGUAAACUGGGUUUAAUGUUUGAACCCAUUGGUGCUGUCUCUUUAAGAGAGAUUAAAGGAAAACUAAGAUGAAAUUGUAGAUCAGUGCAUCUACUAAUAAAGUUUGUUUAAUAAAA